GUUUCACUGGCCAACCAGUAGCCAGCUAGCUAAGUUCUGUAGCUACACUUCAGGAAAUAUGGAUGAGGUGAUGAUACAAGUUCACGGUAGUACAUCGCACCCCCUUUCCAUGGGCCCGUAACCAUGUCCACAGAUGACAGUAUAUCUGAGGACGUGUCCACCUCCGGUGCUCUGAGCCACUGCCAUGCCAGUGCGGACGGGGAUGGAGGCAAGGAGAGUGAGAUCUCCUGCGUGUCGUCCGAGGGGACGUCGGCCUCCUGCCUUGCUGGACUGGAGGACGGACACACCCGUCAUCCCAAAACAUCAGAAAGAGGCGAAGUGGGGAGUCGGCCCAUGAACAUCUCACCAGCAUGCGACAAGAUAAGGAGUCUGUGUCUGAGCACAGAGGAGGCGUUCGACCAGGGGAAGAGCCUGCCCUUCAUCAACCCCAGCUCCCUGGAGACCCUCCGAGCUCUGGUGCAGGAGAUCCAGAACAGCGGAGAGACGGACCCAGAGAUGUGGAAGGACUGUGAGGGGCGAUGGCUGCAUCUGUUCCAGCUGGUCGAGAAGCAAUACCAAGAGCAAAUACUUGCUCAGCAAGGACAAUACCAGUGCCAAAUACAGUUGAUUCAGGACGAGAUCAAAGCUCUGGUUCAACUCCAGAACCGCCAGCCCCACUCAGAGUUCUCCCCCACUUCUGCCACCAACACCACCAUCACCCACGCCGUCGCCACCCCCACCCCCACCCCCACCAAGGACCUCAAGCUGACCCUCGCCUCCGACCCCCUGCCCGCCCCCUCGGCACACCCGCCCCACGGCAGGACCGUCUCCCAGGGCCCGGGCCCGGCCCCCCUCCCCCAGAGAUCGUCGGGGGGCACGGAGGCUGUCACCCCGGCGGCGUUCUUCCAGGAGCGGCCCGUCACCGCGCUGAGCAGCGGAUACGGGACCCUGAAGGAGGUGGAGGAGUUGGAGGAUGGCUGUGGGGGGAACCAGCAGCGGGGAGAGAUGGAGAAAGAGGAGCACCGCUGGUCCUCCUCCCUCCAGGGAGACGGCGCAGAGCGGAGCGCGCCGGUGUGCCACCGGGGUUCGUCCAAUCACGGACGGACGUAUUCCCAAGCUAAAGAACCUGGUCCGUCGUCAUGCCAACAGCCGCAGCACGGCGGCACCAACCAGCACUUGACCUCCUGGGCAAAGCAGCAGAAACUGAGGCCCAGGAAGGACAAGACAGGAACGGCCUCCUCCCAGGGCCAGGAGUCCCAGGAGCCCCCAGAGAGCCCCAGAGAAAGCCCCAGAGACGGCCUGUCAGAGCACAUCCCCCUCCAGGACCAGUACCAGCCGGGGGGAGCCUCCACCUCCGUCUUCCCCUUGAGGAGGAGCAACAGCCUGAUGUCCGAGUCCUCAGGGCUGACCUACUGGCGUCUCAAUGAGUGUGACCUGUACCACCCGCUCCCAGACAGCCUGGACAGCGGGGCGUUCCUCUUCCUGCAGGAGGACACCAGUGCUACUCCCCCACCGGAGACCCAGUUGUCCCUGAAGGAGAUCUAUCGGAGCAAGCAGAAAGCUGCAUUAAAAUGUACAGACUGGGAUGGUUCACAGUCUUCUGGUCCUUUGUCACCCCAGGCGGGCGGGGCCUCGGACCCAGCCGCCCUCACGCGACAGUCGGACCGGACCUCGGGCUUCACCUCGCCCUCCCACUUCAGCAGCCCCUCCUACCAGAACCAAACGCACCCCCCGGGCCAGAGGGGUCCCGGGACGCCCGCCACGCCCGACAGCAUGGCCGGCCUGGGGAACCUGUCGGGCCCGUCCAGCACCUCCAGCGGCCUCCAGUCCGUCCCCGCGACGCCUCCCCCCAACACGAUGCAGGGCUCCUGGGGAAGCCCGGCCGGCCCCGGCCCCCCUGCCUCCGGGGGCAAGGCCCCGCCCGCUUUCUUCCUGACCGGGCGACAGAGCGGCCACCGAGCCAGCGAGGAGGAGGAGGGCAGCCACACGCACACCCACACCAGCACCCUGAAGCCAGGCUCCGCCUCCACGGAGAGCCCCCUCGGGCCCCUGGGGCCCCCCGGGCCCCGUGCGGACGGGGCGUCGCCGCUGGACGACCCCGUCGUGCUGUCGCUUCUGAGGCAGAACCUGAGAGAGAAACACGCCCGCCACGUGGCCGACCUGAAGGCCUACUACGAGUCUGAGAUCCAGAGCCUCAGGGACAAACUGGGCCUUGCACAGCUGCCCCCAGACCUUGAGAAGAGCAACCGCGCUCUGGAACUAAGAUGUAAUCAACUUGAGAAGGCACUUUCCGAAGCAAACCAUCGCAUCCAUGAGGUGGAGGCCAGAAACAACUACCUGGAGAAGAAACUGGCUGAUUGGCCGGAGAGGUACGCGGUGGCCGGCGCCACGGUGGCGUCCCUCCAGCAGCGUCUGGAGGACAGCAAGCGCUGGGGCGGCGAGAAGGACGCCCUGGCCUCCCGCCUCAAGGCCCGCGUGCGGCAGCUGGAGGAGUCCCUGCAGACCGCCGUCAGGGAGAAGGAGGAGAAGGAGGCGCAGAGGGAGCGCGAGUACAAGAUGCUGCAGGAUCUGCUUGGGGAGUAUGACAUGCUGCGGAAGGACUACGACGGAGCAAAGGACAACCUUUUGGGAACAGAGAACAAGCUUGUGGACUCCCAUGAGCAGAUAUCUGAUUUGAACAGGGCGAUCAGUAAACUGGAGUCUCAGGUGAAGCAGCUGGAGCACGAGAACCAAGCCAGGCAACGGCUCGUCUCCCACGGCAACACACAGCCCUCCGGAGCAGGCCUCUACCACCACCCAGACCUGCUGCUGUCCUCCAGUACCGCCAAGACGGAGAGCAGCCCCUCCCACCGCCGGGCCCCUGCUCCCACAGCCGACCAGCCCACCGGAGGCUGCCCGUCUCCCUUCCCCCAGACCAGCCAGAGGAGGAGCCCCUGUCCCCAGACCUCCGGCCAGAGAGGGUCCCCCGGUCCCCAGCCCACCCAGCCCAAAAGCCACAGGAGGUCCUCUCGUCCCCAGACCACCCACACGACCCCGCCCAGCGGCCAGAGGAGGUCCCCCUGUCCCCAGACACCCCAUGUCGCCCCGCCAAACGGCCAUAGGAGGUCCCCCUGUCCCCAGACCGCCCAGCCCAACCAGCCCAACCAGCCCACCAUCCAGAGGAGUUCCCCCAGUCCCCAGAACGACCCCCCAGCCCUGCCCGGAGGUCCUGCAGAGGGCCCUUCAAAGGGGGCCGGCUGGAGGAGUUUGUCUCUCCCGGAACGCGACCUGUCCCGGCCUCCGUCGCGGCAGCAGCCUCAAGUUCAUCAGGAGCCCAGCGGAGGGGCAUGGGACCUGGGCAGGAGAGAGAGCCAGAGCCCCCUGACCCCCGUGAUGAGGGCCCUGAUGGAGCUGGAGGAGACCAGGGCCACACAGAGCCGGGCCCCCUGGGUGGACAACCCGAGGUCCACUAUGGGCUUCAUGGAGCGACGGCACAAAGAGCCCGUCCAGGACUGGGUCUUUGGGCGCCCCGAAGACAACCUGGACAUCUCUAAAGCCCGGACCGGAUUCGUCCACGUAGCGGAGCGGGACGGCUCAGGAUCCGGAUCUGGAGCCACUCGUGCCGGAGCCGAAAGGGCGGUGGCGCUGCUCAGAGCCCAGAGGAGUCUGUCUCCGGAGGGGCACCGGUCCUCGUCCCUCCCCCCAGCGGCCCACCGUACCGCGCCCCCCCCGUCCACGCCCACGAAGAGAGAGACCCUGCUCCUCCCCCGCUCGGCCAUGUCCAGCCCCAAGCGCUGUCCCACCGAGAACUACUCCACCGCCUUCAGCCACAUGUUGCCACGGCAACAGCACCUGCAGGACAGGCUGGAUGACGAGCAGGACCCCAGACGCCACUCCUUCCACAACUCCAGUCCCAGAAAGAGACUGCAGUUCUCAGAACCAAAUGAACAGGAUGGGCAAGGGUCCCCUGGCAGCGCGCACCCCACCGCGGGAGCCUCUCAGCUGGGCUGGGAGGAGGCGGGGCGCCCCGCUCUGCUGGAGGUCCCUGGCGGCUCAUCUCCUCUGCAGGACAGAGUGCACACGCUGGCCGAGGCGGAGCGGCUGUUCGAUGAGCUGACACAAGAGAAGCUGCAGAUUGAAGCAGCCCUGAGCAGACUACCAGGAUCAGGUGGUAGAGUGAGUUUGCAGAACCGCUUAGAUGAGGUGGCCUUAGAGAAACGUCUGGAGACGUUGAAUCGGGAUCUGGGAUCCAUUCGUAUGACUCUGAAGAGGUUCCACGUCCUCCGCUCCUCUGCCAACAACUAGCAAUGUCUUGUUUUUAAAAUGCCAUCCUGAAGAGAGGGCAUUUUAGUGACUUGGUUUUUAUAUGCACCACUGAUUGUCUUUCUUUUACUUGACGUAUUUUAGUCCAUGUGUAAAAAAAACAUCCAUGGGAUAUUUUGUACGAUUUAUUUACUCUGGGAAAAUGUUUUUAUAUGUUGGAAAGACCUCACAACUUUUCGGAGUAUAUUUUGGUAAUGCAAAGAUUUAUAAAGCCUUUUACUUUUUUAGAUAAAAAUUAUAAUAUUAUAUAAGUCUUCAAUUUCCAUGUUCAGGUUAAUGUGGGUUUUUGAAUCUGAUAUUUUAAUGUAAAUUUGAUGACCAUCCAUAGAAGGAAAGUUUCACUGCCAUUUCGUAUUUCUGUUUGAGCUUGUUUUUAAAGUACAUUUUCACUUGACAUUGUUUUUACCUGAGCCCAGUCGAUUUCUGGUGUUUUUUAAUCUUCAUCUUGAAAUUACACGACUUGAAAGAAACUCUUAGCCUUUAUUAAAUGGCAUUUGAAUUGCUUUUCCUACUGUAAGAUGUUAAUGCCUGAUUAUAAACUGCUUGUGAAAUCCAAACCAGCAAUAUUGUCAACAAACUGAAAUACCCUUCUCACAAUGCUUAUGUAUGGCACUUUCAAUUUAUUUAGUCAUUCCAUCUCGACCCGUCUGCAACAACCUCACUGAUAUGAAUCCCACUGGAACUGUUCUUAUUGCACAAUUAAAAAAUAAGCUUUUUGAUACCUGGACUGUGUUUUCCUACUAUCUACAUCAUUCAUAUAAAAUAUAUAAAUAU